AUGAUGAUGAUGAUAAUAGCGAUCAUGAGUAUUUGUUUUCUUAUAUCUCGCGCAGCUUAUGGUGCAGUUUGGCCCGACCGUAACUGCGGUAGAAAAGAGGAGCCUCUCAGCCUCAGGAUUGUUGGAGGGAGGCCGGCAGUGGCGAAGGAAUUUCCCUGGAUAGUAUCCAUUCAGACGGAACUAAACGUUCAUAAGUGUGCUGGAUCUAUCAUUUCGGCAGACGUGAUCCUGACAGCUGCGCACUGCCUCGAAAAUACGAUACCCAAAGAAAUCAGAGUUCACGCUGGAUUUAUAAAUCUUAAGAAUGCGGAACCCUACAAACAAGUUCGAUUUGCGAGCGAGUUCAUUUUUCACGAGGAUUAUGCUGCCCAUGCCAAACUUUACAAGAAUGAUGUGGCCCUCAUCAGGCUAUCUCGUCCAUUUAACUUGGAGGAGAGCCACGGAUAUAUUGGAACGAUUUGCAUUCCCGAGUCAAGUUCCAUAGCGAGAAAUAUUGUGGCCGCCGGAUGGGGAGAUCUCUCACACAAUGGCCAGAGUCCUGAUUCAUUAAUGACUGCAAAAGUUUCCAUCCAGAGUUCUCACAUGUGCACUCGACAGAGCAAACUCUAUGUACAAUCAGUAAUGUUCUGUGCCAGCAGUCCAGGAAAAGAUACGUGUAAGGGAGAUUCCGGUGGCCCCGUUCUUCAGGAAAAAGGAAAUGUAACAGUCCAGGUUGGAAUUGUUUCCUUCGGCAGAGGGUGUGCCGAAACACCUGGAUACUAUGUCAGGUUGUCCUCCUUCACAAGCUGGAUUGAAGAUCAGAUGAUUAUGCUGGGAUAUACUGUUAAAUCGACGUAA